AUGGCUGACAUGUCUCCAUCCAGGACCACGAUCGAUAAGGUUGUUAAUUGGGCACGCCAAGGUUCUUUUUGGCCUCUGUCUUUUGGUCUCGCCUGCUGCAGUAUCGAGAUGAUGCACGUCUCCAUGCCCCGAUACGAUCAAGACCGUCUCGGAAUCAUCUUCCGAGCAUCGCCUCGACAGGCCGACGUGAUGAUUGUGGCGGGAACAGUGACAAACAAAAUGGCGCCCGCCCUUCGUCAGGUUUAUGACCAGAUGCCGGACCCGAAGUGGGUGAUCAGCAUGGGCAGUUGCGCCAACGGAGGUGGCUACUACCACUAUAGCUACUCGGUGGUGAGGGGCGUGAAUCGUAUCGUACCCGUCGAUAUCUAUGUGCCCGGCUGCCCUCCAACAGCCGAAGCCCUGCUGCACGCCGUGUUUCUGCUCCAGGCCAAGCAGAGGCGAACCAAAAUUACGAGAAUGUGGUAUCGAAAGUAG